AUGCGCACGCGAUCCAACGACCAGGAGAAAGUGGCGGCGCUGAUGGCGAGCAUCCAGGAGAUCGGGCUGCAAGAACCAAUUGAUGUGUUGGAAGUGGAAGGUUUAUACUAUGGCUUCUCGGGCUGUCACCGCUACGAGGCACACCAGCGCCUGGGACUGCCCACCAUCAAGUGCCGCGUGCGACGAGCCAGCAGAGACGUGCUCAGAAUGCAUAUGAGGUGA